AUGGCGGAGCGGUCGCGGUCGCUGUUCCGGUGGGACAACGACAGCCCCAUGCGGUUCUACGUGCGGCCGGGGCCGGACAAGCUGCGCCUGGCGCCGCUCGUGCUGGCGGGCGGCGGGCGCCUGUGCCGCGUACGGGAGCCGGGAGCCGUGCUCCUGGCGCCGCCCGGCGAGGCGGCCCCCGGCGGGGCCGUGUCCACCGAGUACGUGACGGAGUGCGUGAGGCGCAACGAGCGGCUGCCAAUGGAGCCCUUCCGCCUGCCGGCCGCGUCCUCCACCCCGGUCUCCGCCAUGGCCUCGCCGCGCGGCCGCUUGGCCUUCUCGGCGGAGGAGGACGCGGCGCUGGCAAGAACUGAUGCCUCAGAAAUCUCAAGAGAACUUCCUACAAAAGAGAGAAUUUCCCCAGGAGAAACAGGAUCUGGUUUGAACACUGCCCUGCAGGAUUCUGCUGGCCCUGACUCCAGGUUACAGAUGGAGGAACAGCCAACAAGCACUUCCUCUUCCAGCAUGGUGGGAGAUGCAGUAAAAACAAUGCGGUACGUGAUGGAGAAGUCUGGCAUGGACCUGCUCACUGUCACCCAGGCCUUUCUGAAGAACAGUGGUGAUGCGGAGGCUACUUUGCACUUCCUGCAGACGGGGCGGCGCCGGGACGGGUACCCUGUGUGGAGCAGGGAGGAUGAUUUGGAACUGCAGAACUAUGAUGAGUCUGUUAGAAAUAAACUGAUAGCAAAAUUUGGAACUGAAAACGUGGAAAAGCGGAUCGCAUUUAGGAAGAGUUAGCGGACAGCAGAGGGGAAUGGCUGAUCUAGGACAGUGCAGGAACUUAGAAAAACUAGUCAUUUGAGAGAUGCAGGUACAACAGAAAAUCUGAUGCAGCAUUCUGAAGUUUCAGAAAUCCUUUAAAUUUUUUUUUUUUCAUAAAAGGCCCAUUUUGUAUUGCUGAGCACACAAAACAUCUUAAAAGUAGAAAAUGGUGGAAGAUAGGGGUUCCAUACAGUAUAAACUUUUUUUCAAUAAAGAGUGUGUAUCUGCUAUAUAAGCGGAUUGACAGUCCCACUUGUAUGGUGCUCUGCAUGCAAAGGAUUUUGAAAAGGCAUGUUACCAAAGUCUGACAGUCACAUUUAAGUGCUCUAACCUGUAAUGCAUUAGUAGUGCACAACAGCAUCCUGCUCUCUGUCGUGUCUUACUUCCGACUGCUCCAGAUGGUUAUUUAAUAACCUGGUCUGCCAGUUGUCAUUACUUUCUGCUGUUAAUAAACCUUGAUUAGCAGCAGCCAUUUGGAAAUAGUAACAAUGAAAAUGUAACUGUUCAAAAGAGGGAUCAAGAACAUUCAUGCCAGAAGAUGAUGUACCUGAUCUCAUACAUCAGUGCUGAGAUGUCUUGAGAGUGGCCCUGUGUACUGGGAGUGGCCAGAAAAGGUCCCUGUGACAUUAAAAUGCUCAGGCUCACAAAGAUACAUCAGUUAAAACCUCAGACUGGUUGAGAUCAUUCCGCUUUUUAUUACCACUGCCAGCAUGUAUUCUCCCAUGCUAAUAUUGCAGGGUUUGAUUAAUAACAUUGACUUUACCAUCUUGCUUCAUGAUUUCAAGAACAUGGGCUCUGAGAAUGUCCAGGAGAACAACUAUUACUGGUUUUGGAAGCUAGAAGACAGAAUUAUUUCUGCUAAAAAAUAAAUGGAUUCACAUAGUCCCAUAUAUGGAUCACCAUACGCAAACCCAGAAGUUUUUAUUUUCAUCUGUAGCUGGUUUAUUCCAUUCUCCCAUUAUACAGUAAGUGAGCACAAUUUCCACAA